AUCCCCUGGCUAGUGCGGGGCUGCCCUUGUCAUUUCCACCCACACGCAACCCGCAAAACCCAUGAGCUGCUAGCGGGGUUGUGGGACUUGCGUUGGUGAAAUGAAUCUCCUUUCUCGGCGGUGUUCUGAGGCUGUCCAGCGUAGGAUUCCUGGUAGUGUUUUCGGUCCAGCGUGCAGCAGGUUUAGGGUGGUGUCGCUGUGUUAUUUUUGCAGUCGGGGCUGCAUGUUUCCUGGAGAACAGAGCCCAGAGAAUCAACAUGUCCCCUGCUUGCUUUUAUGGAGACAGCUCUGCCCUGGAUUCCAUCCUAGGAAUUUCCAGGAAAAAGACAGAAGGUGCACUGGGGCAGCAUCCACCAUCAGUGUCUUACGUGAAAGCUGAGCAAGACGACUUGUUGGGGCUCCAGCCAGAUGAGCCAGCGAACCCCAAGGUUCUGAGAGUUGCCAUCAUUGGGGCACCAAAUGCUGGGAAAUCUACCCUAUCUAAUACGCUCUUGGGCAGAAAGGUUUUCCCAGUGUCCAGCAAGGUGCACACCACGCGUUGCAAGGCCUAUGGGGUCAUCACAGAAGACGACACUCAGCUGAUCAUCCUGGACACGCCUGGCCUCACCAGCCCGACGAAAGCCAAAAGGCAUAAUCUGGACAGAUCCUUGAUACAGGACCCCUGGGACAGCAUGAAACACGCAGACCUAGUGCUGGUUUUGGUGGAUGUGUCAGAACGCUGGGCGCACACUUGCCUGAGUUCCCAGGUGCUGCAGUGUCUCUCCCGGUUCCCCCAGAUCCCCAGCAUCCUGGUCAUGAACAAGGUGGAUCUGCUGAAGAAAAAGGCCCUUCUGCUAGACCUGGUAACCGAGCUCACCGAGGGAGUCGUAAAUGGAAAGAAGCUGCACGUGAAAUCUUUGUCUAGGACGCAUUUAGACCCCGCCAGAAAUAAUCCCCUUCCAAGCAUCCCAGCGUGCACGCCGGAGAACGCGCCCAAAGAUGGGGGUUGCCUCCAGGAGGGCAGUGAAGUCCAGAGGGGCCCUGGCUCAGAUACCAGUUGUGACGCAAAAGCAUCAGACUCGGGCCAUGUGUUGGGAGGCACAGAGAAGGCGCAAACAGCGACCCCCCAGGUAUCUAGAGAUGGAAAGAUCAAGAAAGGCUGGCCCCACUUCCGGGAGAUCUUCAUGCUAGCAGCUCUCAAUGGCGAGGCAGUGGAGACGCUGAAGAGGUACCUCCUGAUGCAAGCCAAGCCUGGCCGAUGGGAGUACCACAGCAAGGUUUUGACAAGCCAGUCCCCCCAGGAGAUCUGUGAGAACAUCAUCAGGGGGAAGCUACUGGAGUAUCUGCCGCAGGAAGUGCCCUACAUGGUGCUCCAGGAGACGGAGCUGUGGGAGGAAGGGCCGAGUGGGGAGCUCACCAUCCUGCAGAACCUGCUGGUCCCAAAGGAGACCCACGUGAAGAUGCUGAUCGGCGUGGGAGGUCAGCUGGUCAGCAGGGUUGCUCGGGAGGCUGGAGAGGAGCUGAUGAACGUCUUCCUGUGCGACAUCCACUUGAAGCUCUGCGUGAAGCUGAAGAAGUGAGCAGCUCGCGCAGAUGUUGCCGGCUCCCGUCUGAGCGCGAGCGAGGCGAUGGACACGCUGAAGAACAUGGAGCCGCCCCGUUUGGGUGGGGCCAGGAGUCUCCCCCGGCGCAGGGAGGGGCGCUGAGCGAGCCCAAGGAGAAUACGCACGUGGGGGUCUGAAGUGCAGUGAGGCUACGGCUGGGCCGGGGUGAAAUCUCCACUGCCACGGACUAUCCAGCGAGACACGGCGUGGGCGAUGGGGAGCCAGCCACGGCACAGGCCCAGUGCUGCGUUUCCGGGGCUGUCUGGCUUUGCUCCCUCUCCUGCCUCUCGGCGUUCGCUGCCUUUGGGCGACUUGCCCCAGCAAAGCAAGCGGCACUGGCUGGGGCCGGGCGGGAAGGGCCGAUUCUGCAGCGGGCGGACUGAAGUGGCGAUAGCAGGGAGGAGUAAAUUUUGAAUCUCAAAGGCCAGGGUUGUUUCUGAAGGGCUCAGGUGGGUUGCGUCUGCGCAUGUGCCCGGAUGCAGGCGCGGCCUGAGCCCUGCUCCGUCCAGGACGCGGGGAGGGGGCUGCGUGAAGGCUGCUUUGGGGUCCUUUGGCCUGGCAACAGCCCUUCAGCGUGCCAAGGCCUGCUGGCACGGGGGGUUCCCAGUGGCAUGUCUUCAGUGGGUGCUCCAGUCGCAAAGGCUGCACCGUCCCAGCCCCGCACGCCUGCGGCUCUCCCCUGGGACCGCAGCACGUCCUGCUGUCCCUCGUGCAAGGUGACUGGCUGGGAGUGCAUGGAAAUGGGCCUCGAGGAGCCAGGUGUUGCUGGGGGGCUGGGCAGGGGGCUUAGCCUGUUCGGGGUAGCCGGGAUACCGGAGGGUUGAGGGACUAACAGCCGUGGCUCCCAGCUAGAGCCCCUCCACAGCGGUGCAGCGUUUUCCCGUCCCCCUCGCCUCCUCCGCAAGCAUGUGUGGUGCCUCGUUUCCUCCCGCUUGCCUGAGGGCCGGAGGCGUUGCUUGGUGGCUGCGGGGGAGGGGGGCUGCCCGUGCCGCGCGACUGAGCCGAGUGUCGGGAGCAGAGCCCAGCAAUUAACAUGCGGACGCCUUCAGGUCCCGGCUCCUGUCGGGAACCCUGCCCUCCCCGGAAACCCAGGGCCAGUUUCUCCCUCCCCAGAGCAAAGGGGGGCGUCGGUGGCUCUGCCAGAGCCCACGGGCCGAUACGGUGGGAGUGUCUCAGCCACAGCCGCCUGCGGAUCCGUGGCCUGGCUUGUCUCCUGCGGCGGGGUUUCAGUCCCUUCGCUCGAUACCUGACUCCCAUUCCGCUGGCAAUACAGCAGCUCCCCUCCCCCUCUGGCAGUCACAGCACAGCUGCUAACAUUGGGCCAUUCUCCUGGCUCUUGCCUCCAGCGAAGCGGCGACGGCUUGCGGUGCCGGCGGGUGUGGCAGGGGAUAGGUGAGCUCUGAGGCUCUCCGGUUGGGUGCGGCGGGCGCCGUUCCUCUGCAGAGCAGUGGCAGGCUGAGGUUAGUUGCAAGCUGCUGUGAUGCAUGUUUCAGGGACUCUGCUAGGCGGAAGUUAGGUGCUCGAUCCCUGAAGCGGCUGGUCUCUGG